AUGGCAAAGCCGCCCAGCCUCUCUGCCCAGAAAGCCCCAAAGGGGUGGAAGAGUCAGACAGGCCUGACCAGCCUGAGCCCAGCAGCCCUGCAGACAGACACACAGACACCCCCAGACUGUCCUCUGUCCAUCCGGGCUCAGAGCCUGGGCUCAGCGGCUGCUGCUUCAAAGGCAGGAGGGGAGUUCCUGGGCCUCCCCCAGGCCUCUGAAGGCCCCAAAGCAUGCUGGGAAUCUUCUGUGGGCCGUCUCAGCUCCUGGAAGGUGGACAGUUGUGGUCCUCCAACCAUUUCUGGGGGCACAAACAGGAAGUCUCCCCACCUGGGGCUCCACCCCGUGAAGGACCCCCGUGUGGCCCCAGCAGAGAGCCCGCAGCCGGAGGGAAUGGCCCCCGGGACCCCGAGGCCCCCCUCCCAGGGAUCAAUAACGUUCAAAGAUGUGGCCAUGGACUUCACCCAGGAGGAGUGGGGCCUGUUGGACCAGCCUCAGAAAGAGCUGUACCUGGAGGUCAUGCUGGAGAAUGUGCAGAAUCUACUCUCCGUGGGGAUUCCAGUUUCUAGAGAAAUUUUUAUCUCCUGUUUUCAGCAAGGAAAAGCACCAUGGCUACUAGAGCAAAUAGGCCCAAGAAGCUCCUCUCCAGAGACAGAGACUAAUUUUGAAGUGAAGGAGAUGUCUACAAAGCAGAGCCUUUUUGUGGAAGGAUCUGGCUUCCAGAGAUUCAUGAAUGAGGAUCCCUAUCACUUUAGUUUCAGAGAAGUCUCUGACUCUAAUAUGAAGGUAAAUAAAAAUCCAAAGAGUGACUGUGAAUUUGAUGAGACUACAGAGAAAUUCAGCCAAUAUCCAGUCCUAAAUCAGUAUAUAAAAUUGACUUCAGGAAAUGACUGUUGUCAGGAUAGUGAAUACAGCAAAUACUUUCCUGAAGAAGUAAGACUUCUUCAGUUGCAUGAGAAACCUCUGGAAAUGCCCAUGUAUCAAGGUAACCUAGGGGAAAUGGCCUUGGACUGGAGUUUAGAACUCAUUAGACAUCCAAAAAUUAAACGCGUAAAAAUGGUUUCGGUGAAUAAUAAAAGUGAGAGAACUUCCAGUCACAACUAUGAACUUGCUGCACAUGAGAGAAUCCACACUGCAGACAAACCUUAUGAAUGUAUGCACUGUGGAAAAGCUUUCACAUGGAGGAGCCUUCUGGCCACUUCUGUGAACCGGCUUCAGACCCUUUCCCCAGUAAAACUUCAAAGUCCAGCUACCUGUCAGAGCUAG